AUGCAACCUCAGGCACCUCCCAUGACUUCAUUUGAGCAGAAUGCCACUCAGGCAUUUCAACUCAUGGGAUCUAUUCGCAUGCAAUCAGCGUUAUUACAUCGCGGCACUACUUUCUGCUUUGAUCGCUGUUUGGAUACGGAGGAAUUGUAUACAUUACUGCGGACUACACAGGCGCCUAUUCGUUAUCGUCUAAAUGCCGAUCUUGAAGAGAAGAAGUGUACCACAAACUGCGGUGCCAAGUGGGAUGAAUUAUACCGACUAACAACUAUGCGUGUGAAUGAGGAUGAGACACGUAAAGUGCAGAUGGAGGCGAUGGCAUCUAUGAUGGAAGCUAUGCAACGGUAA